AAACAACCCUCAAUUUUCAAUUGUUUGUUUCUCACGACAAAGUUUUAAUAAAAGUCUCCUUCCUCACUUCUAUUUUUCCCACUGUUACCUUCUCUCUUUCGAAGAAGCCAAAAAAAAAAAAAAAAUCCCAAAUUUAUACCACACCAUAUAUAUGUUUUUUUAAACCCUAGAAAGUGUUUUUUCGGAGAAAACUGGGUUGAUGGCUGGUAGGAAGCUAGUUCGAGAUUUUUUCAUUGCAAGACAGCCUCUUUUUCUUCACUUUACGUCUCAACAGGGUUCGAAUGUGAGACUAAGACUGCUAUCUGGAAAUGGGUAUUCGAGAAAUCGAAGGUUCAGCGUCUUCAACGAAUUCUCCAAUAAAAUUAAAGGCGAAGCUAACAGAUUGUAGAAAUCCGGAAUUCAAGCAAUCGGUUGAGGAGCUAAAGGGGAAAACAGAGGAGCUGAAAGUUAGAACGAAGCAGACAACUCAGCAGCUCUACAAGCAGGUGGAUGGCGCAUGGACAGAGGCUGAAGCUACAGCUAAAAAGGUUUCGGCCAAUAUGAAAGAGAAGAUUUCAGCUGCCAAAGAGGAGGUUAAGGAAACUUUUGGGUUUGGAAAGGAAGAGUCUUCAGAGGCAACCAGUACUUCAGCUCAGCAUGGUGCUGAUGUGAAGGAUGGAGAUAAGGCAUCAUCUGGGGAGCAGAAACAUGAGCAGUCUGCGUCAGGUGAUACUGCAGAAACUAUAUUUGGAAAAUUUAAGUCAGGCAUUUCUUCUCCGAAGGUGUCUUUGGCUUUCCAAAGGUUAAAGGAAGCAAAGGUUGUUGAUUUAGCAAAGAAGGGAUAUGACAUUGUGAAGGAUGAGUUAAGUGGUAACCCAAGUAAGAGAAGGCACCUAGAGUAUACUCCCCCUCCUUCAUCAACAGGUGAAAGAAGUACAAGAACUGAUAUUGUUGUUAUGCCAUCUAAGCAGUCCCGUUGGAGUAAAAAGUGGGGGGCAUUCAAAGAGAAGAUGCAAGGUCAUCCAUUAUUCAAGCAUGUUAGUGGCUUUAGUGAACCUGUUGUUACAAAGGGCCAAGAGAUUGCAGAGGAUAUGCGUGAGAGAUGGGAGACCAGUGAUAACCCCAUUGUUCACAAAAUUCAGGAUAUAAAUGAGAGUAUCUUUCAAGAAACAGAUGCUGCAGCAUCAUACAAAGAAAUAUGUCGACGAGAUCCGUCAUUUUCUUUGCCAGAGUUUGUGACAGAAGUUCAAGAAGCGAUCAGACCAGUCCUUAAUGCUUACACAAAAGGUGAUGUUGAAACUUUGAAGAAGUAUUGUAGUCCUGAAGUUAUUGACAGGUGCAAAGCAGAGCAUACUGCUUAUCAGAGCAAUGGUAUAUUUUUUGAUAACAAGAUUCUUCAUGUAUCUGAUGUAGAAGUUAGAGAGACCAAAAUGAUGGGGACUUCCCCCAUUAUCAUUGUGGCAUUUCAAACACAACAGAUCUACUGUGUACGUGAUAGAGAGGGUAAAAUAACGGAAGGUGGAAAGGAUACAAUUCAUACUGUUUAUUACGCCUGGGCAAUGCAACAAGUGGAUGUAGAAGAACUUGGAGAGGGUGCCCUCUAUCCGAUUUGGAAGCUUAGAGAGAUGCAGCUUAUUGGUGUACAAGCUCUCAUCUAGUUUGUUUUGUGGUCAAUACCCUUUCUAAUUAAUGGAUGUUGUAUGAUUUGGUCCCUCCUGCUUUCAUAUAUUUUUUCUGCUGAUCCUCUCUGGGUUUUGUUAGUUUCUCUGCCAGGGAGAAUUUUAGCUGAUAAAUGUUUUUUCUUUAAUUUUUUCGAUCAAAUAAAGGAAUUUUGUACCCAAUAGAUUCAUUUAUUCAUAGGAUCAGGUUUGCCUGAGAUUCUUUUAUGCAGUUCAAUGCAUGAUGGCAUCAGACUGACAUGGUAACAUUAACACGACACAAAAGUGAUAUGGAGUUAAA